CUUCUUCUGAAAAUUCCAUCAUUCAGCUCAAGAUCUCCUCUUUCAAUCCGAGAACACUGAAAACCUUCAGGCUCCGUCGACAUGGAGAUUUCUUCUUCCGCUCUCCGCCUUCCAUUUCUAUUCUUGCUGGUACCUCUGCUCCUUUUCUUCCUCCUCUCCCCUUGGAACCCGCUCCACAACCUUUCCGGCGGUGGCGACUCCGCCGGCCGCCGGACCCAGUUCCCUCCCAAGUCCCUUACCUCAAUAUCUCCCCCGCCUGCCGAACCCCGAUCCCCGCCGCGCAGGGACCACAACUCCGCCACCGCCCGCAACCCGCUCGACCCGCUCACCGUCGGCGAAAUUCACCGUGUCCGAUCAAUUCUCUCCUCCUACCAACCUUUUCUCCAUCACUUCCCUUCGAUUCAAUCCAUGUCCCUCGACGAACCGGACAAAUCGCGGGUCCUCGGGUGGAAAUCGGGCGACCCGAUUCCGCCCAGGAAGGCCUUCGUCAUCGCACUGCUGGACAAUCAGUCGCACCUGCUCACGAUUGACCUCGACUCGGGCCGGGUCGAGACCCACGAGAUCAGUUCCGGGUCGGGUUACCCGAUGCUGACGAUGGAGGACGUCGUGGCGGCGGUGCAGACGGCGGUUUCGUACCCAGAAUUGGAGGCAUCCGCCGCUGCUCGCGGACUCUCGGUGGCGAAUCUGUCCUGCAUCUCGCCCUCGCCGGGCUGGUUCGGACCCGACGAGGAAGGGAAGCGGAUCUUGAAGGUGCUCUGCUUCUCCAAACAGGGGACGCCCAAUUUCUACAUGAGGCCGCUCGAAGGGCUGGUCAUGACCGUCGAUGUUGACCGGCGAGAAGUCCUCCAGUUCUCCGACACGGGGAAAGGGAUUCCGAUCCCCGGCAGAGCCAACACCGAUUACAGAUUCCGACCCGGGAACAAGCCGCCGGAGAUGGAGCGGAUCAACCCGAUUUCGAUGGAACAGCCGCGUGGGCCCAGCUUCACUGUGACGGACGGGCAUUUGGUGAAGUGGGCAAAUUGGGAAUUUCACUUGAAGCCGGAUCAGCGGGCCGGAUUGGUGGUGUCCCGGGUCGUGGUUCGGGACUCCGAAACAGGGGCGGCGAGGAGCGUGAUGUACAAAGGGUUCCCGUCGGAGCUUUUCGUGCCGUACAUGGACGCCGACGAAGGAUGGUACUUUAAGUCGUACAUGGACGCCGGCGAGUUCGGGUUGGGCGCCACGGCGAUGCCGCUUGUUCCCCUGAACGAUUGCCCUCGAAAUGCUUAUUACAUGGACGGGAUUUUCGUGUCGGCGGAUGGGCAGCCGUUUGUUCAGAGCAACAUGAUCUGCUUGUUCGAACGCUACGCCGGCGACGCCGCCUGGAGACAUUCCGAGCUCACUGUUAGCUCCGGCGGUCAAGAGGAAGCUAGAGCUAAGGUCACACUGGUGGCUCGAAUGGCUGCAUCUGUUGGAAACUACGACUACACAUUUGAUUGGGAAUUUCAGACCGAUGGCUUGAUCAAGAUCACUGUAUCUCUAUCAGGAAUGCUGAUGGUGAAAGGGACUGUGCAUGACAACAUGAACCAAGUCCAGAACCAGGAUGAGAUGGGACCGUUAGUUUCGGAGAAUGCGAUCGGAGUAGUUCAUGACCACUUCAUCACGUUCCACCUCGACAUGGAUGUCGACGGGCCAAACAACACGUUCGUGAAGGUGAACCUGGUGAAGGAAGAGAAUGUGGAAGGGAAAACCCCGAGGAAAAGCUAUCUGAAACCCAAGAGACAUGUCGCCAAGACGGAGGAUGAUGCUCGAAUCAAGCUGAGCCUUUACGAUCCUUCCGAGUUCCAUGUGGUGAACCCUUCGAGGAGGUCGAGGUUAGGGAACCCUUCGGGUUACAAAGUUGUUCCUGGAGGGAAUGCCGCUAGCCUGCUCGAUCACUCGGACCCUCCUCAACUGAGGAGCGCUUUCACUAACAAUCAGAUAUGGGUGACACCGUAUAAUCGGAGCGAGCUAUGGGCCGGAGGACUUCUGGUGUACCAGAGUCAUGGAGAUGACACCUUGGAUGUUUGGUCUCAGAGGAACAGGGAAAUUGAGGACAGGGACGUCGUUCUAUGGUACACAUUGGGAUUUCAUCACGUUCCAUGUCAAGAGGAUUUCCCGGUGAUGCCCACUGUUGCGGCCAGCUUCCAGCUUAAGCCGGUGAACUUCUUUGAACGGAAUCCAAUUCUGACGGCUCGGCCAGUGUUCGAGGAGGACCUGCCGGUUUGCCGGCCUUCUGAGUCGGCUUCAAUCAUUUAAGUAGUAGGAACAUGAUAAGAUAAUGGAGUGUUACAGAUAUAGGGGGAAAAGGGGGAUUAUGAGCCGCUGGCAACAUAACUAUUGCAAAUUGGAGGUGAAACAACUGCUUUCGGAUGGCUGAUUUAUGAUAGUGAUAUUGAAGCAAUUGCAAAUUAGUUGACUAGGCACAUAAACAAUGGAAUCAGACCACAAGGCAGCAGUAAACUGACUGUGAUGCAGAGUAAUGGUCCGUCGUUAUGCCUACACAUUCAUAACUUCGAGCAUUAAGCUCUCUAGUCUCUACCAUAACAAAAGUGCUCUGCUCUUACCGUCUUUGGCAAGCCGUGCAUUAGAAUCUAACAACUCACAAGUUUACAAAGCAUG